UUUUGAUUUGCAUGUUUCUCUGAAGAUGAGCAGAAGUGUGAAGUUUAGUAAAGCUUCUUCUUUCUUCUCUUCUCUCUGCCGUUGAUCUCUGAUGUUCUGGAGUCAUGAUUUACUUUCUGCUGAGCUACUCUGUCAUUGCAUUGAUGGUUAUCACAGCUGAAGGACAUAUCCAGGUGUUUCAGAAACCACGUUUCUUUGGUGUUAAAACCGGUCGGACCGUGAUGAUUUAUUGUGUGGCAUCAGAUCCGUCUUUGCCUGCUCGAGUGGAAUGGCUGAUAGCUAAAACUUACAAUGGUUAUCAAGAAACACUUGAAUCAAACGAGAAGACCGUUAUCAUGGAGAAGACGUCCACGAGAAACGCCUCCAUUACCAUAAAGAAAGUAGACCUUGACGACAAUGGCGUUUACUUCUGUAAGCUGAACGGGACGCAGGGACCAGGGACUGCGCUGCGGGUGUCAAGACACAGUGAUCCCCAAGCUAUCAUGAGCAGAUCUCGAGUUAAAGAUGUUAUCAUUUUUCUUCAGGGCUUCCUGCUAAUUUUGUGCAUCAUUGUUCCUCUGGUCCAAUUUUUCAAACUGGAGAAGAAAGAAGAUGCAGAUUAUGAAGAACCUAAGGACGAUCACACAUAUGAAGGUUUGGAAAUUGAACAUUGUGGUGAUGUGUAUGAAGAAAUCAAUGCUGUGGCGGCUCCAAAUUCAGAUGCAGAUGCAGAUGCAGUCUGGGAAGUUGAGUCUCCAGACCAAGAGUGAGAAACAGAAUUUAUUUAUCCACAACCGCCAGCACCUAUAAGACUUUUUAUUUUUUUAAUUAAGCCCAAUUCUUAUACAUUUACAUGCUAAUACAUGCAAUGCAUUCAACUCUUUUGUAUAGGAAAUGUUUUUACUGUUUUAUUCUUUGCGUACUGUAUGAUGAUUUGUGUCUGUUAGGUCAAUGUGUGAUUAUGAAUGGUGCUCUUUGCUUAAAUCAAUAUAGAGGAAUAUAGAGUUUGUGUGUGUGUGUGUUGAAAUUUUCUACUUUCAUGUCACAUAACUGUUUAAAUAAAGAGAAUCAUAGACUCA